GAGACAUAUUUUCUCAAACAGCCUGCAUUCGGAGACAAUGGAUAUCACGGAGAUACAAGAGAUUGAGCUACCUGGGGCAUUUGACGCUCAUGUGCACUUGCGCGAUGGAGAAAUGUCACAGCUGGUCACACCUACUAUCCGCCAGGGGGGAGUGAAUACCGUUUACGUUAUGCCGAACCUCGUCCCGCCAAUCACGACAGUCCAGCAAUGUCUCGAGUACCGCGAUCGGCUCAGGGCCAUCGAGCCUAAUGUCGAGUACCUCAUGUCGCUGUACCUGCACGAAGACAUCACGCCCGAGGUGAUUCGCGAGGCCAAGAAGGCUGGAAUUACGGGUGUCAAGUCGUAUCCGGCGGGCGUUACUACGAACUCCUCAUCCGGCGUACUAGACUACAAGCUGUUCUACCCAGUCUUCGCGGAAAUGGAACGCCAAAACAUGGUCUUGAACCUCCACGGCGAAGUACCCUCGACACCGGCCCACGCCCCCGUCGAUCCAGCAUCUUCCUCCUCCUCCUCAUCAUCAGCAUCAUCACCAUCUACAAACACCGCAAUCACCAUUCUCAACGCUGAACCAGCAUUCCUACCUACCCUCCUCUCCCUGCACGCCGCCUUCCCCAAUCUGCGCAUUAUCCUCGAGCACUGCAGCACCGCCGCCGCACUCGCCACGGUGCUCUCCUGUGGCCCCUCGGUCGCAGGCACAAUCACCGCACACCAUCUCUCGCUCAUCAUCGACGACUGGGCCGGCGACCCCUUCUGCUUCUGCAAGCCUGUAGCCAAAACGCCCGAGGACCGCGAUGCGCUGCUCCGCGCCGUCGUGCAGAGCAACGGCCGGUUUUUCCUCGGCACCGAUUCCGCGCCCCAUCCGCGCAUCAAGAAGCGUGGCGAGGAUAAAGUGGCGGCCGGUGUGUUUACCCAGCCGUAUGCGCUGGGCUACGUGCUGGAUGCGCUGGAGAAGGGCGUCGAGAGGCGUGUUAUCGCCAAGGAGGAGGUGACGUGGGAGGGCCUCGAGGGCUUCUUUGGCGUCUGGGGGAGACGGUUCUACCAGGUUGAGGCGAACAAGGCCGAGACGGUUGUGCUGAGGAAGGGCGCGGAGACGAUUCUCGAUGUGCUGGCCAAGCAGGGCGGGAGCGUCGACGUGGUGCCGUUUCGGAGGGGACAACAGACUUGGAGUGUGGAGUGGAAGUGAAAAAAACGGAUGGAAUUCUCUGGGGGCGAAUUGUACGGAGAAUGCGUAGAGUGGGAUGACUCGUUUCGAUAUUCCGGCUUUCUACAUAUCUAUCUAUCUAUCUAUCUAUCUAUCCCGAACAUAUAGAUGCAAAUAGC